AUGGCCGGAAACUGCGGUGGCGCCACCACAACCACCACCCCUCUCCUCCCAGACGUGGCGGCUUUAGAGAAGAAUAGUGGCGGAGAAAGGCCGAAAGAGCCGUGGAAAGGAGAACUUGUGAAGAGCAUCGUCUACGCCGGACUCGAUGCCAUCAUCACUUCGUUUUCUCUCAUCUCCUCCAUUUCUGCCGGCCGGUUAUCUUCCGUUGACGUGUUGGUUCUGGGGUUUGCGAACUUGGUGGCGGAUGGGAUAUCAAUGGGGUUCGGAGACUAUGUUUCUAGUAACACCGAGCGGGACGUGGCGGCAAAGGAGCGGAUGGUGACGAAGUGGGAGGUCACGAACCGCCGAAGGAGCCAAGAACAAUCGUUACUCCAGCGGUAUCAAGCUCUUGGGAUGAACACCCAAGAUGCAACCAUGGUCGUGAACAUCUUCGCAAAGUAUGGCGACAUAAUGGUGGACGAGAAGAUGGUCCAAAACGGAAUCCUAUCGCCAGACGACGGCGAGAAGCCGUGGAAGAAAGGUUUGAUAACGUUCGGAGCCUUUCUGGUGUUCGGUAGCUUUCCGAUCCUUGCAUUCAUCAUUCUGAUCCCGUUCACACGCAACGACACUCACAAAUUCAUUGGCGCCUGUAUUCUGUCGGCGCUGGCCUUGGCAAUCCUCGGGAUUGCCAAGGCCAAGAUCGCCGGCCAAAAUUACUGGGUGUCGGUCGGUGGGACCCUCUUUAAUGGUGCACUUGCUGGGUUUGCAGCUUAUGGGAUUGGGUGGUUACUUAGGGAUGUGGCUGGCUUAGAAGAUUAGAUGUAAAGCCUCUUUUUUAGGUUCCAAUGAAAGGUGAAAGUGUAAUUUUACCAAAUUGGCCCUAGCUUCAAACAAUGUAAUUUACUAAAUUGCCCCUAAUUUUUGGUCUUGUUGGGUAUGAUUGCAAAAGCAAAGGUCUGAAUUUGAUUCUUAGCUCAACAAAAGAAGCU